AUGCCAAUACAAGAGAGUGGACCAGAGGUCUUUCCAAGCUCGAUCCUUCACCUAAAGAAUGCUAAAGCUGGCAUUGAUAAGAACAGCUCUUCCCUUUUCGUUUUCAUUCCUGGGAAUCCUGGUCUGAUCGAGUUCUAUGAACCAUUCCUAGCUCAAAUCCAUGUAAACAAUCCAGAAUGGGAGGUCUUGGGGAUAUCGCACGCAGGUAUGAAUACUUGUAAUGCAAUUCAGUGUCCAGUUUACUCUUUGCAAGAACAAAUUGACCAUAAAAUUGAGGUUAUAAACAGGUAUUCGUGGUCUGGCAGGCCGCUGAUCAUUAUGGGCCAUUCUGUGGGUGCAUAUAUGGCUCAGAAGAUAGCAGUCUCCAGUGAACUAACUGGAAACGUUGCGCGAAUUGGUCUACUUACGCCUACUGUAAUUGACAUUCACAGAAGUGAAAAGGGAAGGAAGCUAACUACACUGAACAAAUGGGUCCCCCAACUCCAUAACAUAGCUGCAGCAUUCUCAUGGCUUUUUUUCGAGAAGCUGCUACCAACGUAUUUUGUUUCGCUCAUCUUGUCCGUUAUGAUGAAAGGUGAUCUUGAGUCAGCAAUGGGAUCAGCAACGAGGUAUCUCGUAACGAAUUCGAGGUUCGUCAAACAAGCAUUGGGACUAGCGGCUGAAGAAAUGCAAGUAAUAAGGUCCGACUGGAAAUUUCAAGAAACCUUCUUACAGCAUUGUGAAUCUCGAGAAGCCAAGAUUUGGUUCCUUUUCAGCGCCAACGAUCAUUGGGUGAGCCCUGACACUCGCAACGACUUGAUAGAGUUCUUUAAAACACGUGGAAAUCCUGACUUAUUGCAAAUCGAUGUAUCACCCACAUUGGAACAUGCCUUUGUCAGAAGACAUGCAAAAAUUGUAGUCCGCGAGUAUUUUGGUCGAAUGUGA